AUGGUUCCUCCUCGCUCUGGAUCUGCUAUGGGCAUGCGCAGCCGCGGCCCCGUAGAGCUCAACGUCAACCUCGCCAAAUCAUAUGAGAUUCGCGGCCCCAAGUCACCCAUGCCCAGAUCUCCUCUCCGCGACGUCACCCACGAGGACCGCAGGGCCUCAUCAUCAUACGAAGACCGGCUCGAUGGCGCCAUCCACGUCCUCCGCACUGAGGCAAACGCCCUCAUGGCCCUUACUCAGCUCUACUCCUCCGAGCGCGUCUGCCGCGACGGCUUCUACCGCUCCGUUGAUGCUCUUGUCCGCCACCGCGAUCACCGCGGCAAGGUCGUCUUCAUCGGCGUCGGCAAGUCUGGCUGGAUUGCGAAGAAGCUCACUGCCACCUUCAGCAGCUUGGGUCUCCCCGCCGUCUUCCUUCACCCCACUGAGGCCCUCCACGGUGACCUGGGCAUUGUGGGAGAGUACGACACCCUCAUCAUGAUCACCUUCUCCGGCAAGACCCCCGAGCUCAUGCUCCUCCUGCCUCACCUCAACAAGAAGUGCCCUCUCAUCCUCCUCACUUCACCCACCAGCAUGGAGACAUGCGAGAUCGCAAAGGCCCGCCCUGAUCUCAUCCUCCUCCCUGCUCCCAUCCCCGAGUCUGAGAAGGAUACCUUUGGCGUCUCUGCGCCUACCACUUCUACGACCAUGGCCAUUGCCAUGGGCGAUGCCUUGGCGUAUGUUGCUUCAAAGGAGAUGUACUCAUCGGUAUCAUCAGUCUUUGCAAAGAACCACCCUGGUGGCGCCAUUGGCCAGGCUUUCAAGACAAAAUAA